AUGACAAUACUCGCUCAGCCUCUCAGGAUUAUAUCAAGAACAUCUGCAUUCUCAUCUUCACAUGUUUUGCGUCGCUCGUAUGCCUUGUCAAGAUUUCCUACGGAUAAAGGUCCCGGCGGUUACAGGCAGCGCAGCCCCGAGCUUCCAAUCGAAGAGAAACCAUCCAUUGAACAGUCUGACCUGUGGGAGCAGUCCCUGAGACGCCCUUCCAUCAACCCCGAAGAAGGACUUAGGAAAUUGCUCUUAUACAAUGAUGUGCUCGUAGUAACUCGACAGAUCGAAAUGCUCAACAUAUUCGUGGGGUUUGAGCAAGCGAACCGAUAUUUAAUCUCCAACGUAGAGGGUGAACCUCUGGGAUAUAUAGCUGAAGAGCCUCGCGGUAUAUUGUCCACUUUCUCCCGGCAACUAUUCCGGACGCAUCGUCCGUUCCGAGCGCUGGUCAUGGACUUGGAAGGGUCUCCUAUCCUGUGGCUUCGACGACCUUUUGCAUGGAUCAACUCUCGGAUGCAUGUCCAGCGAUUGAAGGAUUUCAACGCUUACACAGAAGACGAGGAACCUAUUCUUGACACAUUCGGCGAGGUACAACAACGCUGGCACUUAUGGCGAAGGCGUUACGAUCUCUUCCUCAGGGAAAGUUCAGCGAAACGGAUUUUGUCCACUCCGACUCAGCCGCAACCGGAACCAGACCCGGCUUCUGAUCUCUACUAUCAGAUCGCCCGCAUCGACGGAGGGUUCUGGGCCUGGUACUUCGGUUUGCUUGACGAAAGUGGCAACGAGUUUGCAAGCGUUAGCCGGAAAUUCCGCGGAAUCGGACGCGAGGUGAGGACGUCAGGGCAAUACUUCAUCCGUUUUGGACCUCAGCCAGAGGAGGAAGUUGGUGCCUAUGCGCAGCCGGCUGUGACCCCAGCUUACAGGACGCUUACGUUGGAUGAGAGAGCGGUAUGUAUUUCUCUGGUGCUCGCCACGGCUGUCAACAUUGAUUUCGAUUACUUUUCCCGACAUUCGGGUGAAGGGUGCGUUCACAGCGAAUGCCUCUCGCCCCCGUCCAUGUACUGA